GGGCCGCGCGGGCGGUGGGCGGGAGCGAGCGCGACGCCCGUCCCGACGUGAAGCUCCCCCCUUUCCCUCAUGGGAAUCUGAGUCGAGGGGGUUAACACCCCCCCACCCACCCAAACACACACACACACACACAGGCACACACGCACAGCCCUGGCUCUCUGCUCCUCCGGCCGCCCGAGGGUGCGAGCCAGAGCCGCUCUCCUCCUCCUCUUCCCCCCCGUCCCGGUCCAGACCCGCCUCCCCGGCGGCGGUGUCCAGGUGCGAAACCCAGACCCAAUAGCAAUGGCGUCCAACGCGGCGGAGAGGGAGAUUUUCUUCACGGAGCUGCAGCAGGGAGAUGUGCGAAAUAUCAUUGUUCCUGAGAACGUGAACAUUGGACAGAAAUUGGACUAUUCGGACACAAUGGUACAACAGAAUUUGGAUGAAGUGAAGGAUCAAAUUAAACGGGAAAUAAGGAAAGAACUUAAAAUCAAAGAAGGAGCAGAAAACCUCAGGAAGGUCACUACAGAUAAAAAAAACUUGGCUUAUGUAGACAACAUUUUGAAAAAAUCAAACAAGAAGCUGGAGGAAUUGCACCAUAAAUUACAGGAAUUAAAUGCUCACAUUGUGGUAGCAGAACCUGAAGAUGUUACAGGUAUGCAACUUGUUUUCUUUCUUUUUGUCAAUGGUGUAAAUUUUUUGCAGCAAUUUAGGUGGAAACAGAUUCUUUGGUAUUUUGAACAUAGUAUUCCUAGACAUUUUACCUGCUUUUAAAUAUUGUAGGUUUUGGCAACAUUUGCAGUUCAUUACUUGCAGAUGUUUGCAUGUAAAAAAAAAAUGGCCAUCCUCAUGUCUGUUAAGUUAUAUGUGGAAACAUCCGAAUUUGGAAUGUUUGUGUCAUCUGGUUGUUGUUAACGUUCUCUUCUGUAUCAUUAUUUGUGCCUUUUAUUAAAUAUAUUGAUACUUUUCUGCCAAAGCGUCUCAAAGUGGUUAACAGU